GGAGGGCCGACGAGGGACCGGGAAGGGCGCCCGCGGUCCCGAGGAGCCCGGCGGAGCCCUCCAGGCUGCUAAAUUGGAUAUCACAGUACAAGCCUCGGGGUCCCAAUGGGGGACUCAGGAUCAAGACGAUCUACCCUGGUUUCCCGGUUGCCAAUAUUUAGAAGAAGUGUUAGCAGAAGACAUGAUUCUCUUCCUUCUUCACCCUCAUCUAGCAAUACCAUUGGUGUUCAUAGCUCCUCUCCUUCCAGCACAAACUCUAGCUCAGGCAGCACAGGGAAACGCAGGAGCAUAUUCCGCGCGCCUUCUAUCAGCUUCCACCAUAAGAAGGGGAGUGAACGUAAGCAAGAACCUAUGGACCAAAGCCUUAGUAUUUUCAAUGGUGCUCAACCAAGUCAGAGCAAUAUGCAGAAACUGAAUUUGGAAGAACAAGUUAAAACUAGGGGAAGACACUCUUUGGGUUUUAGUAGUUCACAGCAUAAGAAGAUAACAAGGUCAUUGACAGAGGAUUUUGAAAGGGUAAAGGAGCCAUCAACUAACAAGAAUGUCUUUAUUAAUUGUCUAAGUUCUGAUAAAAGUGAGGGGGAGGAUUCUGGAUUCACAGAACAAACUCGCUAUUCUGUUAAACAUUCAACCAGGAGGUUACUUCCUAAGUCCUUUUCAUCUCACUAUAAGUUUUCCAAGCCAGUUUCGCAGAACCAAACUACUUCAUUGGUACCACAGUCUGGAUUCUCCCUGGAAAUCACACAGUACAAAGAGAGAGAGCCCAGUUUAGCAAGAACUUCUCCAUCUUACUCUGUGGAUGUAACAGAACGGGUAGGAAGUUCUUUACAAUCUCCUUUGCCUUCUGCUGAUCUUACCACAGCUCAAACACCCUCAGAAUUUUUAGCUUUGACUGAAGAUUCUACGUCUGAGGCAGAUGUAUUUCCUAAAAGUGGCAGUAUGGCAUCCCACUGUGAUAAUUUUGGCCACAGUGAUUCUACCUCUCAGAUCUCUCCCAGUCCUGCUGCUGUUACAAAGUUAAAAAGGGAACUUACAGAAGCUGUGUCCUGUGCAAUUAUGUCUCCUGGGAAAUACAGCUUAGAAGGUCAUUGUAGCCUUGAAUCCCAUUCCUUGCCAGAAACCUCUGCUGCUAGCCAGAAGGAAGUGUUACUGCAAAUUACUGAGCUGUCUGUUCAGGAUGUGAGCACCUCAGAGACUUAUCUACCAUCUGGUCCUCAAAGAGAAGAAAGUACCAUAUUACAGAAUGGCGAGCCUGUGCUGAGGACUAGCUCUCCGAGGAAGCUUAGAUCUUAUGAUCAGCAUAGAUCAUUAACUGGCCAUGUCAAAGGAAUCCAUCCUAUUUCAGAUUCAAUAAUCCCCUGUUCUGCAGAUCAUCAUGUUUUUAACAAAACAUUCUCUGGAUAUGAAGAAAAUUCUGCCAAAGUUCUUGCCAGAAGCUUCAGUCCAUAUCGUGAGGGAAGAUUUAUAGAAAGGCGGCUAAGAUCCUCAUCAGAAGGGACAGCUGGGAGCAGCAGAAUGACUCUGAAACCAAAAGAUGGACAUAUUGAAGAAGGAAAUAGCUUAAGGAAGCAAAAAGCUGCCUCUUCUUCCUCAAAAAUGAACAGUAUGGAUGUUUUGAAUAAUCUGGGAUCUUGUGAAUUAGAUGAAGAUGAUCUAAUGCUUGACUUAGAGUUUUUAGAGGAACAGAGUCUUCAUCCUCCAGUUUGCCGAGAGGAUUCACACAACUCUGUGGUUUCCUGUGCUGCUGUAGUUCUUGCUCCAGUGGAAUCAGCAUUAGAAAUGAAGAAAAGAGAAGAUCCAAAAUUUCCUGAGCCUUCCAAACAGAACCUUUCUCUGAAGUUAACAAAAGAUGUUCAUCCAGAUGCCAGGUGUCCCCAUAUUAGCUGCAUGCCCAGCAGUCCUUCUGUAGAUUGGCCUCUGCCAAGUGUGGAGGAGAACGGAAACAUCGACCCUUUGCCAUUCAGAAUGAUGCUUCAGGACUGCACAGCAGUGAAGACGCUGUUACUAAAGAUGAAGAGAGUGCUUCAGGAGAGUGACAUGAGUCCAGCAAGCAGCACUCUCUCGCUUCCUGUCAGUCCUUUGACUGAAGAGCCAGCACCUUUCAAGGAUGUAAUGAAAGAUGAAUGCUCUAUAUUGAAGCUACAGCUGAAGGAGAGGGAUGAACUCAUUUCCCAACUUCAAGAAGAACUGGAAAAACUCCGUCAUUUACAGAAGGCUUUUGCUUCAAGAGUAGAUAAAUCCACACAGACUGAACUUCUGGGCUGUGAUGGUUUAAGCUUUAAAAGACUGGAGACAGUACAAGGGAGAGAGGUUACUUACCGAAAUCGAAUUGUGAACCAAAGUCUCAGCAUAAGGGACAGAAACUCAAUGCAUACUCCCACCGAGGACCGCUAUAGAUGCUCAGCAGCUGAACAGACAAGCCCCUACAACAAGACCUAUCAACUCUCAAGUCUAUGUUUAAGUAAUUUCUUAAAAGACAAGGAAUUUACAGAAGCUAUCAAACACUCAAGGGGAACUUGUGAAAUGCUCACUUCAGAUGUGACACAAAACUUGCGGACUCUUGGCCAAAGUGCUCUGAAACCUGCAGCUAAGAUGGAAGGACUCCCCAUGUUUUCAGAGAAACCAAAGGACACAGCUGCUGUGCCCCGACAGCAUUCAACCUUCACAGGCAGGUUUGGACAGCCACCCAGAGGACCCAUUUCCUUGCACAUGUACAGCAGAAAGAAUGUUUUUCUCCAUCACACUUUACACACCACUGAGCUCCAGACCCUGGGGCAGCAAGAUGGGUGAUCAGAGCUUCUAUUCCUAAGUAGAAUAAGUAAGCUUCAUGGUUAUCAAGUAUAUCUAUUAUUAAAAUUGUCAUGUACAUUUGAAGAAUUUAUUUUUAGUCAUAAACAAAGACUUGCAGGAUUUUAUUUUGUUUUUAAGAAUGAGGGUUAGAGCAUGUUAAUUGCAUUUGGCUGAAUUACCUUG